GCAGUGUGUGUCGUCGACUAGUAGCUCAUUUUGAACACUUUCGGAGUUCUUUCUGCUAAAAGAAUAGUAGAGAGUAUUUUUUUUAAAGUUCUGUUCGUUUUCCUUCUCAACAUUAAUGGUAUGGCUCUUUAUAACUUGAAAAAUCCAGCUACAUGGUACUGCAGCCACCUAACAGAAGUAGGUUUGGUUUAUGUAAUUAUGACAAAGCCAGAAGGCUAUCUGCCCAAGGGAAGGGAUGCCUUCGUGGAGGACGUUCUAAAGAAAACUGGCUCAUAUACGUUACAUAUGGGAAAACUAAGGAAACACCCAAACUAAGGACAGUCCGUUCGCAGGAUUCAAAAUUCCGACCGAACUACCAGUGCUCUGCGACUUUACCACUCAGACGCUGCUGGGCCUAUCAGAAAUAGAGUGACCGUUUUACUUAAUAUAGAACCAGUCUCUUCUGAUGAAAAUUUCUUUUUUAGGCUAAACCUUUAUAAAUGCGUUGCUCGAAAAUGUCCCAAACCUGAAUACCGAACGGUGAAACGACUGAUGAGGGAAGCUGCGGAAUUAAGCAGUCCAACUGAAGAAUAUCAUGCUCAACCCUUAUCAGACAAUCUCUUUGAGUGGCAUUUUACUCUUCGUGGGCCUCCAAACACAGAUUUUGCAGGCGGUGUUUAUCAUGGAAGAAUUACUCUACCCCCUGAUUAUCCAAUGAAGCCUCCUAGCAUUAUCAUGCUUACCCCAAAUGGAAGAUUUGAAGUAAAUAAGAAAAUAUGUCUAAGUAUAUCUGGACAUCAUCCGGAAUCUUGGCAACCAUCUUGGUCAAUCAGAACUGCUUUGCUAGCACUUAUUGGGUUUAUGCCAACUCAUGGAAAUGGUGCCAUAGGAUCUCUAGAUUAUACACCAGGGGAGAGACAACAAUUAGCUGUAAAAUCUCGAGACUGGAAAUGUGCUGAUUGUGGAGAUGUAAAUAAAGUUUUUGAGAAAGACUUGACUGAAUCAUCUGAUGAAGUCCAAACUGACAAAAAGAUGUAUGAGGACGUCUGCUCAGCUGACGAAGUAGGACUUUCAAAUGAUGUAGCUGAAUUGUUGUGUGAACCUGAACAGUUUGCUUGUCAGAAUGUUGAGCAAGAAGCAUCUGCACAGUUACAGACUAAUGUUCCUAUUCGAAGAAGAACUGUUUCCUUUGCACAUGAUGGAGCUGCACUAUUUUGUCGACAUAACUCAGGGCCAAGUUUUACUUCUGAAACAGGGUCAACACCCAGUUUUUGGUCAUUAGUCUUAAUGUGGGUUAUUGCCUUAAUAUUUGUAGUUCUAUUUGUAAGACGAUUAUUUUAUUAGCAAUUUUAUUCUGCAUUCCUAAAGGUUUUAUUUUUUACAUUAAAAUUAUUUUCAAAAUUGA